AUGGGUAAUUGUGCAGGAAAGCACGUCUCUCCUCCUUCUACAGAACAAAGUAGCGAUGUUAAUGCGUUGCAUAAUCCGUGUGAGACCUCCAAAUAUGUCGUGAGAACAAGUUCUCAACCUAUGGACUUGUGUGAUAGUUUCAAAUCUAAUUCCUUAAAAGUAAUUCACGAAGACGGAUUAAUAAAUGAACUCGGAAUAACAAAAGAGCAUGAAAAAUUUUCAUCCAGCGUGACUCGCGAGAGAUUUUCUACUGGGAGAGAUUUGUCUUUUGGGAGCAAGUCCAAUCUAUCUACUCCGAAAACUUCUCUUGUCAAUGUUUUCGCAGGAAGCCAUUGCACUGAAGGUCUUCAGGAAACAGUACUUUCUAGUAGCUUUCACUUUCCGAGAUUGGCUUUAGAGCAGAUGACAAGAGAUAUGAGGGUUCAUCAUUCUGGCGUACGAAACAGUGCGAAUUUCGAUUACUUAGAUAAUAAGCAUCCUGUGAGUCCUGUUCACUGGUGCGUUUCCUCAAGUAAGCCAUCAGAUGAGAUUACUAUGCAGAAAUUAAGUUCACCACAUCGGAGUAAUAUCCAUGUACAAUCACAUUCGCAUUUACAACAACAUUCCUCGUUGAAUAUUAUGCCUUUCUUGGUUGGCAACAGGUAUUCUCGAAGUGGCUGUGCAAGUGUCACUCGAAGCGCAAUGGAAUCCCCACUCACAAUCGAUUCAGGGACUCACAAAUCGGACAAACCGUAUAGAUCAUCUGUUGUUGUUGACUCCAAUCGUCUGAAGAAUCUUGAGCAAAAUGGAGGAACAGUUAGCACUGCUGCAACAAUUUUUAUGGAAAAUGGUAGUUCAGAUCAUCAUUCUUCCGUUGGUGGUCUUUCAACUCGUUAUCUUGUUCAUCAGCCUUAUUUUCCUCCAAGUGCUGGCUCAUCCAGUCGUCUUAGUUUGGGUUCGGUUGGUCCAUGUAUUAAUUCGAAGAAGUUCUACCCUCUUACACAAGAAAACUCCCAUAACAGUGAAUACUAUCACGUUGCCAUUUUUGACUAUGAAGCUCAUACAUCAGAGGAAGUUAGCGCACGAAAGGGUGAUCAACUUCGAGUUUUGGAUUUAAGUGAUUCAGAAUGGUGGUUAGUUGAACAUUCUGGACAAGUUGGUUACAUUCCAUCAUCUUAUUUAGCUCAAGCCAAUUCUGUUGAAGCUGAAGAUUGGUACUUCAGAAGUAUAUCAAGAAAAGAUUCAGAACGUCUUUUAUUAUUAAAAGGAAAUAUUCGUGGGACAUUUCUGGUUCGAGCUAGUGAAACAACAAAUGGUGCUCUAUCCUUGUCAGUGCGUGAUACAGAACAACAAAGAGGUGAAACUGUAAAACAUUAUAAAAUUAAACAAUCCUCUGAAACUGGUGAUGUGUAUAUAACUACAAAACAAGUCUUUCCUGAUUUAAAAUCAUUAGUUAUUCAUUAUUCUAAUCAAGCGGAUGGUUUAUGUUGUUGUCUUACACGUCCAUGCCCAAGACCACCUCCUGUACCAACUGAUUUAUCAAGAUUAACAAGAGAUCAAUGGGAAAUUUCACGUUCCUCAUUGAAAUUAAUUGAAUUAUUAGGUGCUGGUCAAUUUGGUGAAGUUUGGAAAGGAAAAUGGAAUGAAACUAUUGAAGUUGCUGUGAAAACAUUAAAACAAGGUACAAUGACUAAAGAAGAAUUUCUUAAAGAAGCACGUAUUAUGAAACAAUUACAUCAUCCAAGACUUGUACGUUUAUAUGCUGUAGUUACAGCUGAACCAAUUUAUAUUAUUACUGAAUUAAUGAAAAAUGGUAGUUUAUUAAAAUAUUUACGUGAUGGUCCUGGCAAAGAAUUAGGAUUGAAACCAUUAAUCGAUAUGAUGGCACAGAUUGCCAGUGGUAUGGCUUAUUUAGAAAAGGAACAUUAUAUUCAUCGUGAUUUAGCCGCAAGAAAUAUACUUGUCGGUGAAAAUAAUUCAGUGAAAGUUGCUGAUUUUGGAUUAGCUCGAAUUAUUGAUAGUGGAAAUGAAACAUAUACAGCUAAACAAGGCGCUAAAUUUCCUAUAAAAUGGACUGCACCAGAAGCUGCAUUAAUGGGUAGAUUUACAAUUAAAUCAGAUGUAUGGUCAUUUGGUAUUGUUAUAUAUGAAAUUAUUACUUAUGGACAAGUACCAUUUCCAUCAAUGAAUAAUACAGAAACAUUACAACAAGUAGAAAAUGGUUAUCGUAUGCCAUGUCCAUUAAAUUGUCCUAAUUCUAUAUAUGAAAUAAUGUUAAAUACAUGGGAUGCUAAACCAGAAUGUAGACCAACAUUUGCUUUUUUAUGUAAUUAUUUUGAAGAUUAUUUUACAUCAUCUGAAUUAUCAUAUCGUCCAGCUGAUAAUACUAAUAAUAUUGAUAAUAUUGAUGAAAAUGUUGAUGAUAAUAUUCGAAUGUUUCAUUGUAAUAAUAUAAAUGAUCAUGAUUAUCGUCAAAAUAAACAUCAUUUAGAGAAACGUAAAUUAAAUCCAACUUUAUUAAGUCAAGAUACAACUAUCCUAUAUGAUCAACGUAAUAAUAAUAAUAAUACGAAUACGAAUAAUAAACAAAAUGAACAUUCUCCAUCGCAUCAUUUCAAUGAGAAUUCAAUGACAACACAACAAUUAUCAAAUUCAUCACAUAUUUGUACAGUUCAAAUGUGUUAAUCAUCUAAUGUUUGUAUAUAUAUACCACACACACACACACACAAUACACAAUACAAGAUUUAAAAUAUUUCACAACUCAUUCAUUCAUCCUUUCAUUUUUUGAAUUAGUUCCCUUCCUGUUUCUCUUCUUCUUUCAUUUUAAACAAAUAAUCAUUAUGUAUUCAACUUUUAACUCAAAUUUUCUUUUGGACAUUUGAAAGUGCCUUGUAUUCUUAUUGACUUUUACUUGUUUACUUACUUACUUA